AUGGUAUCACUGGACCUGAGCCCCCGAAGCGACAUCAGCAAAACAAAACUAGAUGAUUGCCCGCUGUUGAGAGAUUUAACAGGCUUCCAACUUAACUUUCAUGAGGUAACUGAAGCUGAUCUGCAGGCUUCCCCCAAGCACAUCCUGUUUCACCCUUCUGCAUUCCAGCAUGGUACACUUCUUGUGUCUGACCUGCUAUUGCUCUGCUGCUUUGACCUUUGUUUCCUUGUGCCAUGUGCAAUAUCUUUUAUUCCUUUCUGUGCCAUAACGAAUUUCCAUCCUUUGUCUGAUAGUAGCAGAACUAUGAUACUUCGCCCUUAUUUCCAUGCAUUGCCACUCUAUCAUUCUGAGCUCCAAAACUGGAGGAAAUAUCUGGAAUUUGAGAUCUCUGAAGGUCACCACAACCGUAUAGUGACUUUAUAUGAGCGUUGUUUGGUGGCCUGCGCACAUUACGAGGAGUUCUGGCUAUCUUAUGCAAAAUAUAUGGAAAAUAUUUCAGUGGAAGAAACAAGCUCAAUAUUUCAGCGAGCUUGUCAGAUCCACUUACCAAAGAAACCAACUCUAAAUUUCGAAUGGGCUAUGUUUGAAGAAAAGCAUGGGAAUCUAGAUUCUGCACGUUCCAUCCUCUGUGACCUAGAAACGCAAGUUCCUCGCCUGGCUAUUGUGCGCAUGAAGAGGGUGAACUUGGAGCGAAGGAACGGAAACCUGGAGGAGGCAGAGCGGCUCUUGCAGGAAGCUGUAGAAAAGAGUUUAGGAACUGAAUUGGCAGCCUUUUACUCUAUAAAGCUGUCUCGAUUUCUUCUGAAAUCUCGAGAAGAGCUUGAGAGGGCUAAAGAAGUAGUCAUUCAAGCUUUGAAAGAAGAACCGGUGAGAAAGGGAGUCAAUCACUGGGAAAUGCAAACGCUUUUUUUAGAUUUGGUAUAGAUCGAUUGUUUUCAACACUUUGGUAAUGCUGAAUGAUUUCCCUGUAAUAUUUUAUAUUCUUAAAAGGUAUCCAGUAAUCAUUCAUCUGCAUGCGCUGCAAUGCUUUCAAGGUAAUGAAUAUAUCUCUCUCUAUAUAUAUAUAUGACUUAUCCCAUAAUCAUAUAGUGUAGGUCCAGCACUCAUAUUAUGCAACUGAUAAUGUCUCCCGUCACUAAGUUAGUAGAAACAUUACUCGCAGAGUUUAAAAUCUCCUAUAAAAUG